GCCUCCGCCCCCGGCUCGCGCGAGCUGGGUGUUUUCUGCCUCCCUCAGUCCGGGCUUGGAGACUCCGGCGUUCUUCGACUUUUCAUGGCAGGAAGAAUGCUGUUGUUAAUUGCCAUUGAAUCAGUGCUGACUUACGGUGACCCCGUGUGUGCAGAGUAGAACUGCUCUGCAGGGUUUUCAAGCCGUGACCUUUUGGAAGCAAAUCACCAGGCCUGUCUUCAGAGGCACCUAUGGGAAGAGAUGUCAGGAGAAAGCGUGGUGAGCUCAGCGGUGCCGGCGGCUGCUACCCGCACCACUUCCUUCAAGGGCACGAGCCCCAGCUCCAAGUACGUGAAGCUGAACGUGGGAGGGGCCCUCUACUACACCACCAUGCAGACGCUGACCAAGCAGGACACCAUGCUGAAGGCUAUGUUUAGCGGACGCAUGGAGGUGCUCACCGACAGUGAAGGCUGGAUCCUCAUUGACCGGUGUGGGAAGCACUUUGGUACGAUACUCAACUACCUUCGUGACGGGGCAGUCCCCCUGCCUGAAAGCCGCCGGGAGAUCGAGGAGCUGCUGGCAGAGGCCAAGUACUACCUGGUCCAGGGCCUGGUGGAAGAGUGCCAGGCAGCCCUACAACAGAACAAAGACACAUACGAGCCUUUCUGCAAAGUUCCUGUCAUCACCUCAUCCAAGGAGGAACAAAAACUUAUCGCAACUUCAAAUAAGCCCGCCGUGAAGUUGCUGUACAACAGAAGUAACAACAAAUACUCGUAUACCAGUAAUUCUGACGACAAUAUGUUGAAAAACAUCGAACUGUUUGAUAAGCUGUCUCUGCGCUUUAACGGGAGGGUCCUAUUCAUAAAGGAUGUGAUCGGGGAUGAAAUCUGCUGCUGGUCCUUUUACGGUCAGGGCCGCAAGAUUGCUGAAGUCUGUUGCACCUCCAUUGUCUAUGCCACUGAGAAGAAACAGACCAAGGUUGAGUUCCCUGAAGCCCGGAUUUAUGAGGAGACCCUGAAUAUUUUGCUGUAUGAGGCCCAGGAUGGCCGGGGACCUGACAAUGCACUCCUGGAGGCCACGGGCGGGGCUGCUGGGCGCUCGAACCAUCUGGACGAGGAUGAGGAGCGCGAGCGGGAGCGGAUUGAGCGCGUACGACGGAUCCACAUCAAGCGCCCGGACGACCGGGCUCACCUCCACCAGUGAGCAGGCGAGCUGGCCUGAGCCGCCCUCCCUCCACCUCCUCCCUCCUGCCGGCCUGCACCGCGCAUGCAGGCUCCCCGGUACCUUCUCCUUCCCUGGAGCCUGGAGCGUCGUUUGUAACAAGUCAGAUUAUUAUUUUGUAUUUUUUGACAAGUGAAUUGGUUCUGUCUUUCCCCAGGUGAAUGUACCCUGUUGUUGACCAAGCUGUGUCUAAGGUCUCUGCUUUUCGUGAGAACCUGAGGGUCCUUGGAGCUAGGAUUUCUUGGUUCUCAGAGAAAAAGUAUGAACGGGUGUGAAGUGUCUGUGAGAACUUUCGUUUGCAGUAUUUAUUUUUGUAGGUGUUGACUGCCUAUUUAGACUUCCUGGAGGCUCCCUUAGGAGUUGGUCUGUAGUUCCAAGAGGUGUGUCUGCAGUUGGUGGCCACCAGAGGUGUCUGUGUGCUCCCUAUUUCAUAACUGUCCCAUCCCAGCGACCCAGUUUCCGUGCACUGUGACCACGCAUGCUCUUCACUGUUUUGCUACAAAUCCAUUCUGCCAGGUGGUUUCGAGACUAGAGCUUGUUGAUAAAUAGCUGCAGCUGUAGCAGUGGAGAUGUGACCAAACAAGUGUGUCUCUAAAUUGCUUUCCUUGUGUUAGCUUUGGGUGCAUAGCUCUAUUGAGGGGCAAGCCUGUUGCUGCCUCAGUUGAUUUUUGGUCUAGUGCUUGCUGGGACCCUGUAUACCCAGUCGGGGUGCAGCUCAGUUAAUGGCUCCUCCCCUGCCUCCUGACCCUUCCGAGUGUUCUCCUUGUUGACCCACUCCUUCCAGGAAGGGCACCUGACCUAGUAACAGCGGUCACAAGCUGCUGCUCCACAGGGUCCGUCUCUCCCUUUUCCACGUCUUUCCCUUCAAGCUGGGCUCACUGCAGCAAGUGGAUCUCCUGCCGUUUGCUUAGAAACAACUUGUGGUCCCGACUCUGCCUUCCCAGCCUGCAUCCAGGCAGGGACGUCGUUCAUCCCAGCCCUGGGGAGCUUGCCUGGCUUGGGCAGCCCCCACUGUCAACUCCAUCAUCACCAGAGAUCACACUUCUCGUCUUCACCUCUUGUUCUGACACGGUAUAGAGUGGCCGUCAGUGAACAGGUUGCAAAGGCUGUGCAGAUACCUUUGGGUCAGGUUAGUGGCCAUGGUUAUGUUUAAGGAAUGUGAAAAGGCUGUGUGUGUGUAUGUGGGGUGCAAGGGGCCCGCGCUGGAGCCGGCUGUCUGCACCAUGCCGGUGUCAGACAGGUGCUCUCGGUUACCUACCUCCCUGUCCCCUCUGUGCCUGGGAAGGAACAGAGUGAGCUGUGAGUCGUGGGCGGCUGAAACUAGACUAGGUACAGUAGUUGGGAGGAGAUGCGAAUGUGUGUAAGGUAGUGGGUGUGUUUUGUCUGCUUAUCAAGGAAAACGUUACUGUUGUAUACCAAAGGUAUUAAUAGGGGCAACCUUUGACACCACGCAUUUCAGAAAACGAGUUUAUAUUUUGAAAUGGUUUUUACAGCUGAGACUUUGUAUGUGCUGCCCUACUCGUGACAGUUCUAUGCCUUUAUUUUGUAUUCAGCAGGAAGCCUGCAACAAAACUUUAAAGCAAUCAUGACCGAACCUAAAAACCACGUAUUGGGUAAAUAAAUAUGCUUUUUAAAUUGUGCGGGAAACUUUUAUAUAAGGCCAUUUGGAUUUUAUUAAAGUGUUAAGGAAAGGGGCUUACAAAAUAACAUUUCGUAAAUAUUUUAUACUGUUUAUUUUAUACUGUUUUAUUUUCAACACCAACCCUGCUGUUUGGGUUGAACCUUAGGAAGUUAAGGUGAACGUCAGUUCGAUGUUUUCUGUAGGAAUGGAAAAGCCAUCAUAUAAAUUGUUUUUUAAAUGUUGGUGUGAAGAGUACGUGUGUGUAACCAAUCUGUGUUGGCUUCUGCGCCUUAUGACCUAAUGCUCCUGGCAGCUCUCUACACUGCCCUUGCCCUCCAGCUUGGCUCCUGUGGUUCCUGAGUCUUCUGCUUCCCUGGGGUAUGACAGGCUCCCUAAGACAUUCCACGGAGAGUGAGACUGUUCGCCACACAUAAGCCACGUACUGGCUGGCAGCCUCGGCGGGUCCAAGCAGAGACGCUCUAGAGGGAACUGGUUAUUCUUAUGGUAUCAUAAAGGACACAAAUCAGUAUUGAUAUCUAAGAAUCAUCCAAGUUAAAGCAUCGCCCUAAGAUUUGCUUAAAAAAAGUUUUUUUUUUACAUUGUAAUAGCUUACAAUUAAAAUUGGAACAGUGUUCAAGGUCAGGUAAUCAAGUUCUGUUUUCUUGAGUGAGUCACCUGGCCUUGGUGACAGGAGAGUGGCGGGGCAGGAAGCCAGCCCCGUAUCUGGUGUGUAUGCCUGUACCUGCAGAAGCUGCUCAGGACUGAAGUGUGAGCAAUACUCUGCCCUCCUCCAGAGAGUUUGCCAGCUGAGGGCGUCACCAGAAGUUGCUGUAACACAGUCAAGUGUGUCCUUAACUUUCCUGUCUCUUUGCUCUUGAAUGCUACAAGUUUUAGAGGUAGUCACUGUCGGCUGUACAAUCAUUUGUGGAAAUAUAUAAAAUAAACAUUAUAUAAAUGCUUCUGUUUAAA